UCUCCAAAACUUCUUUGUGUUGCCUGCUUUGCAGAUUGUCUUCCUUGUCUCUGUGGUUGCUCAUUAUUCAGAGACAGACGGAUCUCAGGUCAUCUGCAGCUGCAGCACAAGAGAAGCAGGAAAGAUGGCGAUCAUCCACUAGACCGGGCACACGCAUGAGACACGGAACAACUUUUAAGAAGGUCGUUUUUCUGGACGAACCCUCCAUCCCAGGAGUCCUCAGUGAUGGAGGUGCUACAGUGCGAUGGCUGUGAUUUCCGAGCUGAGUCAUACGAUGAACUCAAGACACAUAUCCAGGAUGUCCACACAGCCUUCCUGAAACCCACUGAAGUUGUUGAUGGUACACAGGAUUUGUCAAGGUCUGCAUCUCUGAACUCCCUCAGUCAUGCAGAAGAUGAGGAAGAGGACUUCUCUACUGAGACUGAUGAUGCAGGCCUGCACUCCAUGGACACAGACGUGGGCCAGUUUUCCAAUUCAAAAUCAACGCUAUGCAGUCAGGCAGAAAAUUCCCCAAGUAAAUCGUCCAACCCAUUUUUCCAGUGCAAGUUUUGUGUCCGCUACUUCAGAUCUGAAUCCCUCCUAAUUGAACACACCAGAAAAAAUCAUGGAACAGUUGGAGCUGCCUCAGAGACCACAGGAAACUCACAGACUGUCAAGCAGACAAACUAUAACGUACACAUGCAUGAAGUCUUUGGGAAAAUCUUUUCUUGCCAGUAUUGUACAUUCAAGUUUACUAGUAGGACCAGACUGAAUAAGCAUCAAAAGAAGUAUCAUGAAGAUGUUUUGUUGGAUUCUCCAGGGUCCCCUGCUGAAGAGGAAGCUGACACUGAAGCUGUUACAAUGGAGUCAGAAUCUGAGGACUUUGAUGAGGAAGCACCACAGGAUGAUGCAAUGCGCAGAAUCUUAGACUCAAUGUAUAAAUGUAUCUCUAAAUCCAGUGGAAACUUAACAUGUGAGUGGUGCGAUUAUCAGACCCAUAGGCAAGAGCUGUGGUAUGACCACAUGACAAAAAAACAUUGUAAUAUGCUAAAGAUUAUGUCAUCACUUCAGGAGGAUAGUGGAUCUUCCAAAUCAGGAUCUUCAUCUCCAAGACAUACUCCGACAUCUAACCUGAAGGCAAAUAAUUUAAAUGGCAAUAAAGAUUCAGCAUUAAAGAAAGCCUCUGGAAAUGCAGUUGUGAAAACCCCCCCAGGGAUAUCACCUUUUCAGUAUUCACAAAUUUCAGCAAAAGUUCCCAACAGUACAGGCUCUUCCAUUUUAUCAGAAAGGUCAACCUUCGUCAUGUCUGAUAUGUCAAAUUCUGCCAUAGACUUAGAUACCAGUCUGCUCAACGAUUCCAGAAGCAGCUCAGAAGAUGAACUCGGUGACAUGGAUGAUCCCAAUUACAGAGACCCCUUGUCAGCUGAGGAUUCCACUAAGCUGCUUCUGUCAGAGGAGGAUAAUAAAAUGCUUGAAACAAAAGGGAUCCCUUUCAGACGGCACUUGAACAGGUUUCAGUGUCCUUUCUGUUCCUUUCUCACAAUGCAUCGACGGAGUAUUUCUCGUCAUAUAGAGAACAUACACCUGUCUGGCAAAGCAACAGUGUACAAAUGUGAUGACUGCGCGUUCAUAUGCACCAGUCCACUCAAGUUGGAAAGUCACAAGCAAAAUCAUAUUGGUUCGUCUUCAGACUGGGAUACUAUGGACUUAACAUGUGAAAGCCCAGAGGAUGAAAAUGAGUCAAUAGAUCCCUUGAAUGGGGAAAGUGCAGGCUCAAAGAUCAAUGGCAAGAAAUCAAAUCCUGGAAAUGAGGUCAAUGAGAAAAAUCUUCAUCACUGUUCUCUCUGCACCUUCUCUACCAUGACACUGAAAGGGCUGAGAGUGCAUCAGCAACAUAAGCAUUCUUACUGUGACAAUAUAGCAGAUAGCACAGAGGGUUCAAUGAAUGAACAGCAAGACACAGACUCCGAAACAAAUAGCUCAGCAAAUUUUGUACAAAAAACGCAAACAUCAAUCUGGGGAAACGCCUCAAAAAAACACCUUGUUGGUAAAACUGCAAGGAAGUCUAUUAAUGAUCAACCUUUAGACCUGUCCCCUGUUAAGAAACGUACAAGAAUUGAUGAAAUUGCCAACAAUCUCCAAAGCAAGAUUAGUCAGACCCAACAACAGGAGGAUAUGGUUAUCAAUUUGGAGGACCUUGGUGAUGAAGAAGAUGAAGAGAAACAAAGUGAUUUUCACAUGGAUAAGGAGACAGAUGUUCACAAUCACAGCUACAUGUAUAAUGCAAACAAUUUGUAUCACAGCGAAUCAAAAGGGGUGAAAGAAGAGCGUAGAUCAGGGAGAGAAUCAGGAGAGGUGAAAGAAGAGCGCAGGUCAGGGAAAAGAAAACGAAACCUUCAGGCAAAAGUUUCUGUGAGAAACAUUCCUGUUCAAGUAGCUGUGUCUGAAGAUGAGGACAAUGAAAAUAAUUUCAGUGCCUCUGUUGAGAAAAAUCUUCAAAUUCAAAAUAGUCAAGAUGGUCAGAAUACUUUCCAAGAGACUGUUGAGUACUCGGAAGAACCUGGGAACCUUUUCUAUUGUAAACACUGUGAUUACCAAAACAAGUCUGCGCGUAGUGUCAGUACGCAUUACCAGAGAAUGCAUCCCUACAUUAAAUUUAGUUUUAGGUACAUCCUUGACCCAGAGGAUCAGAGUGCUGUCUUCCGUUGCCUGGAGUGUUACAUUGAAUACACCAACUUUAAUGAUCUGAACCAGCACUAUAUGGAACAUCAUCCAGGGGCCAGUAAUGUUCUGAACUUAAACCAACCCAAUCUUAUCUAUAUGUGUCGCUUUUGUUCAUACACCAGUCCUAAUGUGCGUAGCUUGAUGCCCCACUACCAAAGAAUGCAUCCCACAGUGAAAAUUAACAACGCCAUGAUUUUCUCCAGUUACAUGGUUGAUCAGCCUCAGAAAAGUGCUGAGUCUCAAACACUAAGGGAGAUCUUAAAUUCAGGACCCAAGAGCUUCACAUCCUCAACACCAGCGUCACGGUCCUCAUCAAGCCCUUCCCUCAAAACCAUCUCUAAAGUAUCAGAGUCUACAUCAGAUGCUGAGACCCUCAAAGAAACCAUAGGAGGAAAUGUUGUUGUCUACGAUUGUGAUAUGUGUUCGUUUGCCAGUCCCAACAUGCACUCAGUCCUGGUGCACUACCAGAAGAAGCAUCCAGAACAAAAGGCCUCCUAUUUCCGUAUUCAGAAAACCAUGAGAGUGAUCUCAGUUGAUAGGAAUCAGGCACCUAGUAACUCUUACAACCUUCCCAACACCCCAAAAUCAGCUAACAUGAUGCCAUUAGGCUUAGAUGAUGAAGUUUACUAUUGCAAACACUGUGUAUAUAGCAACCGUUCUGUGGUUGGUGUACUUGUCCAUUAUCAGAAGAGGCAUCCAGAAAUAAAAGUAACAGCAAAAUACAUUAAACAUGCACCUCCAACUCCUGGUCUCAUGAAGCUAAUGGAUGAGUUACAGAUUGCUCCCCCAAAGCAGUUCUUCAAACCAUCUAGCAACAACGGGACAGAUGCUUCAUCAACCAAAGGAGGCACUGAGAAAGGCGAGGCAGAGAUGCUGUUUUUUUGCCAACACUGCGACUAUGGAAAUCGGACAGUCAAAGGGGUACUUAUUCACUACCAAAAGAAGCACAAAGACGUGAAAGCUAAUGCAGACUUGGUGCGCAGGCACACAGCUGUGGUACGCAGCCAGAGGGAGCGUGCCCAGCUGAACCAAACGGCUGCUCCAGCAGGAGCUACCACAGUCUCUACAUCUGACAAGGACGCAUCACAAAAGUUGAGAUCAUUGAAGUGUAGGCAUUGUUCUUAUACAUCUCCAUAUGUGUAUGCUCUACGGAAACACUUAAAAAAAGAUCAUCCUACUGUCAAAGCAACAGCCAUUACCAUCCUCAAUUGGGGUUAUCAGGAUGGUGUCCUUGAGGCUGGAUAUCACUGUGAAUGGUGCAUCUACUCCCAUGUUGAACCAAGUGGGCUGCUAAUGCAUUACCAAAGACGACACCCUGAGCAUAAUGUGGACUACACCUAUAUGGCUAGCAAACUGUGGGCUGGUCCUGAUGCUUGUGCCUCCCAACAAGGGGGAAACUCGGAAACAAAGCACUAUCCAUGCAGGGAUUGUGCAUAUGAGGCAAGUUCUAUCUGGGACAUAACCAACCAUUACCAAACUGUGCAUCCCUGGGCAAUCAAAGUAGACGAGUCUGUGCUGCUGGACAUUAUCAAAGGUAAUCGAACACAAGAAAAGAUGCACUCAACUCAGUCAAAAGGACACAAUCCUGGCAUGUCAAAUCCAUUCGACUGUUACCAGGCAGAUCAUGAAGAAGGCACAAUGGAUGUGUCCAGACCAUCUCAAGAGAGACAGUCCCACCUGUCUUUCACAACUACAUCCAUUUCAAACAACCCAUAUCAAUGCACUGUAUGUCUGUCUGAAUACAACAGUCUUCAUGGACUUUUGACACACUAUGGCAAGAAACACCCAGGUAUGAAAGUGAAAGCUGCUGACUUUGCUCAUGAAUCUGACAUCAAUCCCAGCUCAGUGUACAAGUGCAGACACUGUCCGUAUGUGAACUCUCGAAUCCAUGGUGUUCUUACCCAUUACCAAAAGAGACAUCCUCUGGUUAAGGUCACUGCAGAAGAUUUUGCUGAUGACAUAGAGCAAGUAAAGGAUUUAGGAGUCGAAGGUGAGGAAAAGUGCAAAACGCAGAGGCAAGGUUAUGGUGCCUACAGGUGCAAAAUGUGUCCUUAUACCCAUGGCACGCUAGAGAAACUGAAAAUACACUAUGAAAAGUAUCACAACCAACCGGCCUCAGACAUGUUCAACCCUGCUGUGACUCAGUUUUCUACCAACAGAGAAGAACAAGUAGCAGAAUGCAGUGCUACAAAUGUCACAGAUGCCCAAGAUGUAUGUGACUUUGAUCUGAGCCUCUCUCAAUUUGAGAAGGGAGAGAAGCAUGCUGUUUUCAGGUGUCAGCUUUGCAAAUACUUCUGCUCUACAAGAAAGGGUAUAGCUCGGCACUACCGUAUAAAGCACAACAAUGUCAGGGCCCAGCCUGAAGGAAAGAACAAUGUUUUCAAGUGUGCCCUCUGCUCAUACACCAAUCCCAUCCGCAAAGGUUUAGCAGCGCAUUACCAGAAACGUCAUGAUAUCGAUGCAUAUUACACACACUGUCUGGCAGCAUCCAAGGCCUUGACUGAGAAGCCCAACAAGGUGGUGGUACCCUUGACUUCUGAAGCUGAUGGGGAUGGAAUGAGUGAAGAACUGAAACUUGCUGUGGAGCAAAGAAAGUGUUCCCUUUGUUCAUUUCAGGCAUUCAGUAGGAAAAGUAUUGUCUCACACUACAUCAAGCGCCAUCCUGGCGUCUUCCCCAAGAGACAACACUCAAGCAAACUGGGACGAUAUUUCACCAUUAUCUACCCAAAAGAAAUGGACAAAUCCUCUGCUGUGGAGGAGAAUGAGUCUGUUGAGGUCAAACCAGAGGCAGAGCAGGAAAGGGACCUUGAGUGGUUGCCUUUCAAAUGUUUGAAAUGCCACAAGUUAUGCUUCAGCUCAGCCGAUCUGCUUUGCAUGCACUACAAUGACUACCACAGCAGGGACCUCAGGCGUGAUUUCAUCACAGUUGCAAACCCUGAGCAUGGGAACUCCGAAUUCUAUCAGUGUGCCCACUGUGAGCUCAAGUUCUUGGCCCUUACUGACCUCACAAACCAUCUGAUGGAUCACAAUGAGGAAACUCAGAAGCGAGCAAUGAGACAAGAAAGAAGGAAGCAGCUCCAGAACAAACAGAGGGUCAAUGAGCAAAUGGAAACGAAGCAAGAAAAGCUGGAUGCAACUACUGAUAAAACCCCAAUAGGCUAUCGGUGCAAUUUCUGUGUGGAGGUCCACCCCACCCUCAGAGCCAUCUGCAACCACCUGCGAAAACAUGUGCAGUAUGGUGAGGCCAAAGAAGGCCAGUUGAAGCAGGAUAUCACAGAAGUGUCGUUUCCUGGUGCAGAGGAUGCCGUUCCCAAUGGCAACACAGAGGACUCGUUGCCCAUUGAAGAUGCCGUGUCUUCAGAGAUGGACUUAUCUGUGGCUGAUAUGGCCUCCACUGGAGAUGUCCCCAUAGAAAGGGGGGAGAAGCCUGUGGUUGUGAAUGCACCUGUGUCUGUCCAGGAAAAGGACAGACGGACAGGCGGUCACCCCUGUGCCCAGUGCGACCGUGUCUUCAUGUCCAUGCAGGGUCUCCGGUCUCACGAGAGAAGUCACUCAGCCAUGGCGCUCUUCUCUCGUGAGGACAAGUACAGCUGCCAGUACUGCCAAUUUGUUUCUCCCUUUAGACACAAUUUGGAUCGUCAUAUCCAGUCUCAUCAUGGUCAUCACAAGCCUUUCCGGUGUAAACUCUGUCCCUUUAAGUCUGCCUAUCUAAGCCGACUGAAGAGUCAUCUGCUCAAGUCGCAUGCAGGUGAGAACCCUUACAAGUGCUUAUCAUGCUCCUUCUCCACCAUAACCAUCAGCCAGUUGAAGGAGCACUCUCUGAGGGUCCAUGGAGAGAUGCUUACACUCCCCAAACUUCGGGCAGGGGCAGCAUUGCGGUCCCCACGGACAACCUUGAGCACUGAUCCCAUGACCUUGACACAGGAAGGGGAAGAACCAGGCUACUUGGAGCCUGCUGACGUUCAGCAGCAACUCAGCCAUUACCAGCUUGCCUCACGGAACCAGACCUCCUGUAGCCCCCCUGCAGCCUCUGGUGCUGUACCAGAGUCCCGUCCAGACAGCGUCCUCACCUGUGAGUUCUGCGAGUUCAGCUCUGGCUACAUGCAGAGUCUACGUAGGCACUACCGUGAUCGCCAUGGGGGAAAGAAGCUCUUCAAGUGCAAGGACUGCUCUUUCUUCACCUGCUACAAAUCAACCUUCACCAUUCAUGUGGAGGCUGGACAUACCAGUGCCCCUGAAGAGGGCCCAAAAGAUUUACGGUGCCCGUUCUGCCUCUACCACACCAAAUACAAAAGCAAUAUGAUAGACCAUGUUGUCCUGCACAGAGAAGAACGUGUUGUACCACUAGAGGUGUCACGCUCCAAGCUCUCACGCCACCUGCAGGGUGUUGUGUUCCGCUGCCACAAAUGCACCUUCAGCUGCUCUAGUGAUGAAAGCCUCCAGCUGCAUAUCCAUAAGCAUGAUGAGAUAAAGCCCUACCAGUGCCAGCUCUGCUACUACGACAGCAAGUACAAGCAGGCUCUGGAGAACCACCUGCGGGAUGAGCACAAGGUGAUACGAAACUUUGAGAUUAUGGGACGGGUCAGUCUGGACCAGCUGGAGGCUCUGAAGGACAAGAUGAACAGCCUUAGCAGUGGCGAGGAAGAGGAACUGGUUGAAGGACAGGAAGAGGAGGGUGCAAAGGAGGAGGAGGAAAAUGAAGAAAUGGUCCAAGAAGAUGAGUCUGAAAGGCCUGAGGCUAAAGGUAGCGAUUCUUCAGAGACUCCCAGCUCCCCAAGUUGUGGGAGCAUUUCCACUGGCAAGGAAAAACGCUUUCCCUGUGAGUUCUGUGGCCGUUCUUUCACCAAUAGCUCAGAGUGGGAACGGCAUGUACUUCGGCAUGGCAUGUCCGUUAAGAACAGUUCAGAUGCCGGCCUUGUCCCAGCAAUAGGAACAACAGCUCAGCAUCUUAUUGGCUCUGCUGUCUGGAUGGAUAGAGGUGGCAGCCAACCCAGUAGUCCAAUCAUUUUGGAGACCGAAUAUCCAUCAGAUCUAUCAAAGAGUAUCAAUUUGAAUGAAGAGAACAAAGAAAUGCUUGACCAAAAAUGAGCUGGACGAUACCAUAUUGCUGUGAAGAAUUUGGAUUCAACUGAAUGGGCUGCUUCAUUUACCCGUAAAUUGUCGAAAAAAGGCUCAAUUAACCAUUAUGUAAACCAUUGUUAAAAUUGUAAGUGUUGCACAUUAAGUUGUAAUCCAUCCAUUGUUUAAAGUUAAACCCAUGAUAUUGAAUAACUUGGUCCCAUUGGACAUAUCCUAAUAUAUUGGUAACCAAUAGCUAAUAGAACUGUGAAGUCAUCAUUUGGGUCAAAUCAGCUUCCUGAUGGUAGUUCUUUGGAUGACUAAAGAGAGAGAAUGUAAUAGACAGUGUACAAAAUGAGGAUAGUAAAAGCAGAGUCCGCUCCAAACAUUUGGUAUUUAGCCGGACUGGCCUUUGGUAUUUUAAAUUUAGUGAUGGGGCCUCUAGUUGUGGCGCUUCUGUUUUGUCAUCCUCUGAAGUGCCCCCUGAUCUCUUCAUUCUCUAGUAGUUUGGCACAUAAAGGUGCAGUCCUCGAUUCUAAUUCCAUCACAUUUUCUUAAAUUCAGUGAAUUGCUCCUCACUGUCCUUAAAAGGAAACUCAGGUGUUUGCACAUAGUCCUGGCUCUGUAAAUGGGGAAACGACCAGGUUCAGACAGAGCCAUAAACCAUCCAGCCAAUCAACACGUGCUUCAGGAGCAUGGAAAGAGAGGGAUGUACUUUGAUUGACUGAGCUCAAAUAUCUGCAGCCUUUUGCAAAACCAAAACCCGAAUCGUGGGCUGCAUCUUUACUCCAAGUAGAAAGGCCUCUGUGAUUUGACCUGAAUAUUUUUUUGUUAUUUGUAUGUUUGUUUUAUUAGACCCAUUUUUAAUCCAUAUAUAUUCCUUUAGGAAUAUUGAUGUGUUAUUUAUCUUAAUGUCAAAGAAGUUUAAUUUUUGAUAGAUCUUAAGAUAUUGACACUGGCCCUAAAAUUGUGUAGCAAAUUGCUACUGCUAUUUGUGAUAUGUUUCACUUGCCUCCACAGGCAUUCCCUGCACUUCCUAACGCUUACUGCUUUUAACAACGUCUGACCAACUCCAGGAUGGCAGUGAUUCAUGCUUUCCUUUAGUAUGUGAGAAAAACAUGCUGGCACAUAUUUCCACUUCUUAUACAUAGUAUGCACAUUAUACAUAUGCAGUAUAUGUAUAUUGUGUAUAAAGUAUACAGAAUAUAUUCCAUUUUUAUUUGGUGUCUGUCAGAAGCUUUUAAUGAAUUGGGUUCAAGUGCAAAUCUAUCUCUGGAUGACUCCAUAUAUAGUUAAGUAGAUAUCAACAAUGUAGCUAUGUAUCUCAGGUAGUACUUUCACUACGCACACAUUUUCAAUACUGAAGUAUCCUCUGAUCUAGGAAGUCACAGUAUGUUGGUCUGUGCAUCAACACAAACAGCAACAACUAUGUGGAAGUGGAUAUGUUUCAAUAAAAUAUGCUGUCAGAAAGCCCCACUUAAUGUGGGAAAUUUCUCUGCACAGGGGAAAUGUGUCUGCACAGAAGCUGUUCAUUUGCAUUUUAAAAUGCAUAUGAACAACUUAGAAAAUAUGUGCAGUCAUACAUUUAAGUACAUAGAUUUUUUUUUUUUUUUUAAAUCGUUGUGUGCUAUGGAAAGCAAAAUAACAUGUGCCAUCCUGUUGUGAUGACAUGGAAGCCUGGUGUGCCAUCAGUUUAUUAUGGGGAAACAUAAAAGCAGAGAUUGUAUGUAUUGGAAGUUGCUGCUCUAAUACCCCAAAGCCUUAUUAGAUUCUCAAAUAAAAUGUUGUAGCUCGGUGAAUAUGCCAACCAACAACAAAGUUAUCUCAACAUACACAAAAAAAACAUUCAAUAAUUGAACUAAUACUUUUAUGUCCAGAACAACAAUUUUUAUUUUCUUUUUUAAGACAAAAGCAAGAGAAAACUCUCGUUGGUACCAAAACUGCCAGCCUUAUUAAUUUGCUGGCUGUCUUUGAGAUUGUCUUUCCUGAGCAAUGAACCAUUGUUGCAAGGAGGGAGAGCCCAAGUGCCAUGUGGUGCAUUCUGGGAUCUCUGCAUGCCGAAUGCAGCUAUGUAUAGAACUACUUGUCAAGUGUUUGAAACUGUGGUGUUUCAGAAAGGACUCUUACCUUUUACCCUUUUAAAUGUUAUCAUAUGAAACAACCUAAAAAGGUAACUUUUUGGAGUUUUUCCAAUCUCAAUCAAAUGUUAAAAGCUGUUGUUAAAAUGUCUGGUUAACAAAUAUCUCUUUUUUUUGUACCUUUAAAUUCCGGGAGUUGUUUUGGUGACCUGCCUUUUCAUUUAUCCCUCUCUUCCUUUAUAAGGACUAGCAUAGCUUUUUAAUAUAUAUAUAUAUAUAAAUAUAUAUAUAUAUCAUUUUAGGAAAAAAAAAACAUUGGAGAAUAAGCUUUUGAGUGACUGCUAUAAGCUGUCAGUCUCAUUCAUAACACACUGGAUAUGUGUAAAUAUUUUAGUUUUUGUCUUUCCAUCUCUUCUGACUGUUGAAGUUCAUCAUAGACUUAGGUCCUACAUCUUGCCUUUCUCCUGUGAAAAUUUGGUCCCAGAUGGUGGGUUGUCAUGUUGCCUAGAAUGAAUGUUUACAAUUUUAUUCCAUUUAUUUCUGGAUGAUGUAAAUAUUGUAAUUCAUUGUCUUUUUUUAACUUGUUAAUAAAGUUAUCAGAUAAUGUUAC